AUGGCAAUCUUGUAUGACUUUAUGCCGUUACUACAGGCACCAAACUUAGCUAUUCCAAUAGCCAUCGUGCUUAUAAUGCAGAUAAAGAAGAUAGGAUGUCAUUGGGUGAACAAGAACGCCUCCCACUUACCAGAAGGGCAAUACGAAUUGAACAGAUAG